AUGCAUUUCACGACACUGGCCUUUCGACAUUCCAGCUUGAACAUCCAAGCACCCAGAGCGCCGUCGAUCAAAGCGCCGACCGAGGUGGUGUCGUCGUCGCAGACAAUGUCGACCACAGCCACGUCCACAGCUACAACCGCGAAUACCGUGGACCGCGACUGCCGCUGCGACAAGGACUGGGACACGCACUCGCACUCAAACAUGGAAGCUCAAGGCGUGUCGUGCUGGGACUUUGCCUAUCCGACGGGGAAAUGCUCGUUGCCGCCGGUCAAGAACUGCAGCUUCGCCGCAAAGGAAAAGUCGGCUACGACUCCGCGGAGAGCGCGGGGCGAGCGCAGGUUCAAGCACGAGGAUCUCGUCACCAGCGGCUGCGCGGGCGGUGCAGAGAUGGUGAUGGUGGCAGCAGCAGCGGCAGCGGUGGUGUCUGGACUAGGACCAGACGACAUGGGGGAUGGUGGACAAUGUCAAUGGCAGACCUCCUCGACGGGCACGAGAUCAAGGUCGCGGUCGCAGUCGCGAACACAACACCACGCUCAUCACGAUAUUCAUCAUCAUGAUGGUACCAAAUCGCACAAGAACGGCACGAGUAAACACCACCACCACCAUCAUCACAAUCACCAGCAACAACCACGCAACACUACCACCGAACUGCGAACCUACCUCCUCUCCUGCCUGACGAUCCCCUCCAUCACCUACCCGCACACCUACACGACCAUCUCGACCCUGCUCCUCACGCCGCGCACACAACUCGUCCUCCUCGUGCCUCAGUCCAACAUCCUCUGCCCCAAGGUGUGCGAGCUGAUGCGCCUACCUCGCGCGGGUGGGAGUGGGAUCUGCAUACUACCUGUGCCGUCGGAGAUUGAGAUGCGGGUUGUCACCGACACCAAUCCCAAUACCGAUUCCGAUACCGCUACCGAAUUCGAAUUCGAAUCCGACAGCAAAGUCCAUCUCAACGGCGCGAGCGACAGCGCGCGCGAGCACAUCUCCACGGCCAUGUCGAUAAUCGACGCCCUCUCCGUCGACGAGGUCGUCGCGAAGAUUCUGAAGAAUACCCCCGCCAAGGCCUUCGACGGGUAUGUCGCCUUUGAGGACGAGCGGGCUGCCUGGACGUUUUUGCACCGCGUCGGGAGGGGCGUCAAGGAUAAGGGGGUGGGGAAGGACAAGGGGAAAGUGGUCAAAGGCGGGAAGGGGCGGUAA